AUGGGAGGAGCACAGAGUUCUGAGCAAGGACAAUAUGGAUUUCAUGUGUUGAAAGUAAAGGAGAAUUCUCCCGCUUUUCACGCAGGAAUUGAGCAAUUCUUUGAUUAUAUUGUCAAUAUCAACGGCAUCCCACUCAACAAUGGCGAUAGUCAAACAUUGUUGAAAACAUUGCAGGAAUACGAAGGAAAGCCUCUGCCUAUGGGUGUCUAUUCUAGCAAAGAGCAAUCAUUUCGAGAAAUUACUUUAACACCAAGCAGAGAUUGGCAUCCUGACGAUCCAAAUGAAAAGAGCUUAAUUGGCUGCUCAAUUAGAUUCUGUUCGUUUGAACGUGCUGGAGAGAACGUAUGGCACGUGCUGGACGUAUCUCCCAAUUCCCCUGCUGAAAUGGCUGGUAUUAUUCCCUACUCUGACUACAUUAUAGGUAGUCCACACAUGACCUUGAGGAAUGAGGAUGAUUUCUACGAUUUGGUGGAGCAAUACCUGGGUAAACCUCUUCGACUAUACCUAUACAACUCAGAGUGGGACAGCUGCAGAGAAUGUAUUAUUGUGCCUAAUCAUGAAUGGGGAGGAAAUGGUUCGUUGGGUUGCGAUGUCGGAUACGGCUUAUUGCAUAGAAUACCUCGAAAAAAGAGCGACAGAGAGUUGCAGGCAGAUGAAGAACAUCAAAAGCGCUCGGAUUCAGUGACCUACAGUGAUACCAUCUUUAAUGCACCAGUAUUGCCUGCUUCAGACGAGGAAGAGGUAUUGGAGGAAGCAAAACAAGUAUCACUUCCACCUUCUCCUACUAACCAAUCGACCCAAUCACCACAAACACCCUCAACAACAGAAGCAGCAACAGCAGCAGAAGCAGAAGCACAAUCAUCAUCUACAGCAACACCAUGA